GGAGAAGAGGACCCGCACUAAAACGGAAAGCGGCGCGCACUCUACUACAUGUCCCAGGUCACACCGCAGCUUUAGAGCUGUGUGUAUGUGAAACAGCGAGAGAGAAGAUUUAGGAAUCCGUCUGCAGACUUUGAGCUGCGCUGUAGCAAAAAUAAUGGCCUAGCAGGCUCACUAGCUGCUAGUGUGUCCUCGUGCAUGUGUGUGUGCUUUGGGUUAUAAGCAGCGGUAAGACGUCUCACUACAACUGAUACUCCAGAGGAGCAGCAGCAGCAGCAGCAGCAGCAGCAGCAGCAGCAGCCACAGCAGCAGCCCCUCCAUCUCCCCCCCCCCCACCCCGCCUCCUCCCCCAAAGCAGACUCCAGCAGCGGGAACAGGAUGGAGGCCUCGUUCGGCCCUGCCUUCUCAGCCGUGCCUGCUGGAGCUAAAGCAGAAGGGUCCAGCACCUACAAGCAGCAUAGAAGAACUCCUUCCUCCUCCAGCACUCUAACCUACUCCCCCCGGGAUGACGACGAUGGAAUGCCUCCGAUUGGUACUCCUCGGAGAUCAGAUUCAGCCAUCUCAGUCCGAUCUCUCCAUUCGGAGUCCAACAUGUCUCUGCGCUCCACUUUCUCUCUGCAUGAAGAGGAAGAAGACACGGAGCCCCAGGUGUUUGCUGAACAGCCGUCAGUAAAACUGUGCUGCCAGCUGUGCUGUAACGUCUUCAAGGACCCCGUCAUCACCACAUGUGGGCACACCUUCUGCAGACGAUGUGCCUUGACUUCAGACAAGUGCCCAGUGGAUGCGGCUAAGCUAACGGUUGUGGUGAACAACAUUGCGGUUGCCGAGCAGAUCGGAGAGCUGUUUGUUCACUGUAAAUACGGCUGCAGGGCCACAGCCAGCAGUGCAGGCGCAGCCGGAGCUUCCCCCGCCACGGUGGCUGGGAAGCCAGGAGCGUACGAGGUGGAUCCACUGGGCUGCCCGUUCACCAUCAAACUGUCCACACGCAAAGAACAUGAGGCCAGUUGUGACUACAGGCCAGUCCGAUGCCCCAACAACCCCUCCUGCCCCCCGCUGCUCACCAUGAACCUGGAGGCUCACCUCAAAGAAUGUGAGCACAUCAAGUGUCCCCACUCUAAAUAUGGCUGCACGUUCAUCGGUAACCAGGACACGUAUGAAACACACCUGGAGGUGUGUAAAUUUGAAGGGUUGAAGGAGUUUCUGCAGCAGACUGAUGACAGGUUCCAUGAGAUGCAGCUGACUCUGGCCCAGAAGGACCAAGAUAUUGCUUUCCUGCGCUCCAUGUUAGGCAAACUGUCUGAGAAAUUAGAUCAACUAGAGAAAAACCUUGAGCUCAAAUUCGAUGUGUUGGAUGAGAACCAGAGUAAACUGAGCGAGGACCUGAUGGAAUUCCGUAGAGACGCGUCCAUGCUUAACGAUGAGUUGUCCCAUAUCAACGCCAGGCUCAACAUGGGAAUCCUGGGCUCGUACGACCCCCAGCAGAUCUUCAAGUGUAAGGGGACUUUUGUUGGCCACCAGGGUCCCGUCUGGUGUCUGUGUGUCUACUCCACUGGAGACCUGCUCUUCUCUGGAUCCUCAGAUAAGACAAUCAAGGUGUGGGACACCUGCACCACCUACAAGUGUCAGAAAACCCUGGAGGGUCAUGAUGGUAUCGUACUGGCGCUGUGCAUCCAGGGAAACCGCCUAUAUAGUGGCUCUGCAGACUGCACCAUCAUCGUGUGGGACAUCCAGACCCUGCAGAAAGUCAAUACGAUCCGUGCCCAUGACAACCCUGUAUGUACACUGGUCUCCUCCCACAACAUGUUGUUCAGCGGCUCCCUCAAGGCCAUUAAGGUUUGGGACAUCGUGGGUACGGAGCUGAAGCUGAAGAAGGAGCUGACUGGUCUGAAUCACUGGGUUAGAGCACUGGUCGCCUCGCAGAACCACCUGUACAGCGGCUCCUAUCAGACCAUCAAGAUUUGGGACAUCCGCUCUCUGGAGUGUGUUCACGUCCUGCAGACCAGUGGGGGCAGCGUCUACUCCAUCGCUGUCACCAACCACCACAUCGUCUGUGGCACCUAUGAGAACCUCAUUCAUGUGUGGGAUAUUGAGUCUAAAGAGCAGGUGCGGACCCUGACCGGUCAUGUGGGAACAGUUUAUGCUCUUGCUGUCAUCUCCACCCCUGACCAGACCAAAGUGUUCAGCGCCUCCUAUGACCGCUCACUCAGGGUGUGGAGCAUGGACAACAUGAUCUGUACCCAGACUCUGCUGAGACACCAGGGCAGUGUGACGGCUCUGGCUGUGUCCAGAGGUCGCCUCUUCUCCGGAGCCGUGGACAGCACCGUCAAGGUGUGGACAUGCUAAACAAACAGCAAACUCUGCAGGAGUCCAGUCAACUUCACAUCUUUUUGUGACAGACAGACCCUACAGACGUGAACCUUUUCACACGAUUUCUCCGUUCUUUGAUUGUGAAUUUACGGCCACAGACCAAUAAUUACCGCCACUUCAGGAUCAAGCUGCAUCGAAAACUGUUUUACUAAGUGUUUGCUUUUCAAACUUAAAACAAAUCCUUCGACACCUCGACCCGAUCAUCGGGGUCAGAGGGGUCAACUCGAGGUCCCCGGUGACCUCAUCAGCGGUGCAUUAUGGGGCAAAACAAAACAAGCUGCCUUACGGUUGCACCGAUCAACGCACUGCGCCAAACCACAAUUGACUGGACGCUGCAUCCCUGUAAUCAGAGCAGGAAGCAGAGAGGAUUAUGGUUGUUAGAGUUUUUGCGGACUGAUGAUGGUCCUGCCUGCUUCCUGCAGACCCACCUGCCACUUAAGAACUGUACUGAUGAUGCCUAAUGCAUACUGUUAAAAUACGUCUUAGGGCUGGUUUCACAUACAUGGAUUGACAGCGUACUGACAUAAGUGUUUAUGUUCUAAAGCUAUUUCCUCUUGAGAGAAAACACAGAACGCAGCAGAACCACAACAAGUCCACUGGAGUAGAGUUUAGUUGAAUGAAAGUGAUUUAAAACGUAUGUCAACAUUUGUCAAAUUGAUAUUUAUUUUAUGUCACACUUCAUUGACUCCUCCACAAAAACUCCCUCUCGCUUCCACAUGCUGGUCGGAGGUCAGCUGCUUAAAGUUACAUCAGCCAGCUGUGUCCCAAUUCCACACUAUAUAAAUAGUAGUGUGUAGCGUGUUCGCACUUUAAAAGUGACAAAGUAAAAUAUGCACUUAAAAGUCAGAAUGCAGAAGAUAACGGUUGAUGUGUGAGUGGGCUGCUGCUGUAUAGCAGCGCUCAGAGGAAACAGACGAGCUGCUCGCAAAUACAUUUUCAUUUACUUUAAGGAUUUUAUUAUUAAAUCUGUGGCAGAAAACAUUUUUCUUUUUUGAAUAUAACUUGUAAUAAUGUACCAAUGUCACAAAAGGAAUUACAUUUGUCUGCACACACAUUUUAUUAGCUUUGUAAUUAAAAAAUGGUUAAGUAUGUUUAUUGUUUGUUUUAUUUGAUUACUGCUACUGACAGUAUGUAGUGUUGAACUGGGACACUCAAGGCUGUGAAUGAACUCAGUUACAACAAUGAACGAAAUUCUGCCUUCAUGUUAAACAGUGUAGAUCUGCAUCUGCAUGUCAAUGUGGAUUUUACAUGAAGUGGUACAAAUGAGAAACUAAAUAUCCAAGGAUGAAACCUGAAAAUGAAAUGUUGGCUUCACUCUGAGACCAGCUACUACUGCUGAUACAUCGGCUGAGUAGCUGUACUAGUACAUGUGGAGCUUUUAAACAGACGAUGUCUGGAGGAAGCGUGUUUGUUUCUUUACAGCGUUUGUAAAAUGGCACUCCUCUUCUGAAAGACUGAAAAAAGUGCACACAUUAGCAGGUUUAAAAACACAUUUUCUUCCUUGUUGUCCAUUGUGUUUAUCAGCUCAGUUCAGCUGUGUGAAACCAGCCUUUACAAGACAUUUUACAAAGUGAAGACUUUAAACAAAAUGACAGAUCUAUAGAUUUCCUGAGUUUUAUAUUAGUGCCAUGAUAGAGCUGUAUUCAGAGCCACCCAACUGUUGUAUAGUUGUGUAAAAUAACAGCCUGGACAUGUGCCCAUGAGAAUGACUCACACUGGCCUACAUAACAGAGAGGGACAGGGAGAGAGGAAGACAGUUUGCGUGCAUGGAUGUGUCUGUUAUUGUGUAGUGCGUGUGUUUCAAUGAGUGCCAUAUGUGUGGAUGAAAAGUAAGGAGGCUGUAAUGAUGAUGUGGCAGAUUGUCUCUUUCUUCUCCGCCCUCCCUGAUCUCUUAACUUCAACUGGUCAAAAUGAACGUAACACAGAUUAACACUGAUUGUUGUUUCAUGAGCUCUGUCGUGUCUGUAACACUCGAUGGAUUUAUCCCUCAGUAGGAUGUGAAGGCAGGCAAGUGUAAUUAACCUCAAAACUCCCAGAGGACAAAGCAGAGAAAGUGCCAUGAGCUUAAGUGAACUCCUGCUUUCCUAAAUUAUGUUUGAGCACCCAUAUUGGGUUGAAAGUAUCAGUCUGUAGCAGUAGCAACAUGUCUAUAUUGGCUCACAUCGGACUUUAUAAAUAUGUUUGGGAGGGUAGAUUUUAAGUUAAUGAGAUCAUGUACACCCACAGCAAAUUUAGACUGAUUUUUACAGAUGUUCAGAAGUAUUUUGCUUUCAUUUUAAUGCAGAAAUGGCCACUACUUAGCCUUGGUAAGAAAGGUAGAGGAGGGGACGAGUGGAAGUGUCUUCACUGGUCAGUGAUUUCUUGUAUACUUGUAAUCAUGUAAGCCUGAGUUGAUCAUUGAUCAAUAAAACUGUUGUACACUU